AUGGAGAAGUACAAGGAGUCACACAAGACCGAAAAGAGAAAAAGAGACAUCGAUGACAGGAAGACCGUGACAACUGCGCUGGACAAAAAAACUCUAGAAAUAUUGGAAAAGCUUCUAAAGCAGGGCAUGCUUCUUAAAAUGCACGGAGCUGUGAGCGUGGGAAAGGAGGCGUGCAUUUAUCUUGCAACUGCCUCGCCUAGCAUAUGGAGCAAGCUUUGUAAAAAGGAGGAAGUCACGGAUACAAGGCCUAUAGUAGUGGUGAUAAAGAUAUACAAGACUUCUACAAUGGUAUUUAAGGAUCGCGAGCGAUAUGUGCUUGGAGAAAGAAGGUUUCGGCAGUAUCCGCGGGGGAAUUCGCGAAAGCUUGUGAAGAUUUGGGCUGAAAAGGAGGUUCGAAAUCUGAACCGACUGCAAAAGGCAGGAAUACCAUCCCCAAGACCACUUUUUCUUCGAAGAAACAUUCUUAUUAUGACAAUGAUUGGGGACAGCGUGCAGAUGCAGAAAUCAAUAAAGAUAGAUGCGGACAGCAAGCCUGCAGAUGCAGUGUCUGAAUGCAACUCAGAUGACGAGCUUUCUGGAGAAACCUUACGCAGAAGCGGGUACAGUGAUGAAAGCAGCAGCUCAAAAAGCGAUAAAACUGAAAGCCUCAUCUUUACAAGCAAUGAAGAGGAAAAAAACCUCUGCCCAACCACGGAUGAUGAAAGCAGUGAGGAUGGCUUGGCAGACAUCAGCAUAACAACGAGCGGCAGCCUUUCAGCCAGCACAGAGGACAGAAAGAGUGUGCAGGAGAUCAAGGAUAGUAUGAUCGAGGACAUCGAUGGCAAAACCGAAUAUUUCGUGCCAGAAGGGGCUCUGACCAGCAGUGAAGAGCAUGAAGAGUGCAGCGAAAGCAUGUCUUCAGACUCUAAAAAUCGUGAAGACAGGCCUGACAUAGAAAACAGCAGCCUGCCUAGCGACUGCUCAGAGGAAGAGAGUGUGUCUUGCAAAGAAGAGAGUGAAGAGAGUCUCUAUGAGACUGUAGACUGCGGAAGCAUAGGGGGAAUUGCGCCUAAUUUGAAAAACGCAGGUCUUCGGGGAGAAAGGCUGCAGGAUGCAUAUAGCCAGGUCUGCCAGCUGAUUAAAAAGCUCUACAAUGAAAGUGGGCUGGUGCAUGCAGAUCUUUCUGAGUACAACAUGCUGUACUGGCGGGAUACUGUCUAUAUUAUAGACGUAAGUCAGAGUGUUGAGAGAGACCACCCGAAUGCAAAUGAGUUUCUUAGAAUGGACAUCAGGAACGUAAACAACUAUUUUUCUCGGCUUGGCGCAGAGGUGAAGGACAGCUAUCAGAUGUUCAGAGAGCUGGUUGGAAGCGAAAGCAUACUUAAGUCGCCAACCCCCGAAAUAGAAGGAGAUGCCGGUGCUGCUGAGGCAGAAGGGUUGCAGAACAUGCGUAUACUUGUGCGCUCCACAAGGGAGAGAGAGCAGCCGGCUGUUCUGUCGCAGAGUGAGAAGAAGGCUCGAAGAAAAGAAGUAAAAGAGGAAAAGAGAAAGGAGAGAGAAAACAAAAUUUCAAAGAAAGAUAAAAAGAUGCUCAGCAGGAAGACACGAAUACUGAGAAAGAGCAAGAAUAAAUAA